AUGUCGGAUUUGGAACGAGAUAGAAAUCGACAACCUCCGAUCACAUGGCUCCCUUUUGGCGGCGAGCCUGCUGCCACCGUAGAGCACACUGCAUAUUAUGGCUGGAUAGCGUACCGGGACAUUGUCGAGCCGUACAUGCCGUCUAGGGUGCUGCGACAGCUGGGUUAUGUGCAGACUGUACCUGUGCCAAUUUGUCGGCCAAUAGGGGCUGUUAGGUCCUGGAAGUCAAUCAAGUACUCUGUGGACAUGAGUGUGACGAUUGCGGUUGACAUGUGGAACGCUUUUCCGGUCAUGUACAAGCUGCCGUUAAUGGGAUUUGAGGAAGCCCACGUUAUUGCUGGAGGAUGCCAUCCAGCUUACCUGGACUGGUUCGAGCGCCAUUCGCACCCCCGUGUCCUUCCUGGCAGAGAUGUUCCACGACGACAUCCUCCCCGCAGCAACAACGAUUAUUGGAUGACACUGGUGACCACGAGGUACGAGCAUUUCAUCCAAAAAGUCAGCACGAUUACCGGCCAACAUAGACAGCACUGCGACUUUGACGGCAUUCCGGAGUUGGAGACUGAGUCGGAGGAGGCCAGCACGGAUUUGGAGAGAAUCAUGGCCGCUUGGCGCAUUGCUGACUGAGUGUUGUUAGUAUAUGUUGUAUGUUUAUAUUAUUAGUACUUUUUUAUGAUUAUGGACUUGUUUUCUUUAGAUGUUAGUUUCUAGAGAAUUUUUUUAUAUUAUGUACGUGUUUGUUUUUAUGCAAUUUCAUGAACAUUUUUAAAUA